ACAUGAAAUGGUUGGAGUCCCUGCUAAAUUCUUCAGCCAAGUCUGGCAACACUGUAAGAAACAACGCAACAAAACAGCCUGCGUGGACAAAAACAUUGACAAAAAUGAAUGAGUCCGAGAUCCCCAUCGACAUACACACGCUGAAGCUGCAGGACUGGCUGAUCAGCCGUCGAAUUGUUCCAAAGAAUGUGCAGCUGGAGAUUCGGGAGAUCCACAAGAAGAUCAGCAACGCCCUGCAGGACAUGCCCUCCAAUGAGCAGCUGAUCAAGCUCUUGGCCAGGACAAAUAUCAACUACUACCAUGUCAAGGAGAUCAUCGAGAUCCUGAAGCAGACGGAAAAGGACACGAAGAGCGUUUUCGGCACCUACGGCAGCCAGCGGAUGAAGGACUGGCAGGAGAUCAGCCGCCUGUACGAGAAGAAUGCCACCUACCUGGCCGAAACUGCUCAGAUCUUCGUGCGGAACGUGAACUACGAGAUUCCCGGAGUGCGCAAGCAAAUGGCCAAGUUGGAGCAGCAAACAGAUGAGAGCCAGAAGCGGGCCCACGAUCUGAACAAGCCAGAAAGCCAACUGCUGGCCGAGCACGCUGCUCUGCUGGAGCAAUUGGGCGUCAAGGGUGACAGCCUACACGCCGAGUUCGUGGAGGUCCUGGCUGGUCUGCCCGAUCUAUACGCCAAAUCUCUGGUUGACAUAGCCAAGAUCCAGCCGGGUAUUGAUCUGUACGCCGAGAUCAGCGGUAACAAGCAAGCGCUACCCAUCCUCAGCCACCUGGUGGAGUUUGGCAACACCACCGUGUACCAGUACAUUCACAAGGAAGCGCCCCUGGCCGUCGAGGAGCCGCCCAUUCGGUUGAACCUCGAUGAGGGCAUCACCAGCAAGGAUGAGAAUGUCCCGCUUGAGAUUGACUUCGGAGCGGACGACAAUGGCGGAACCUCGUCGACUGUUUCGGCGGAGAUUAUCGAUUUCGGAGACUUUGGCAGUGGGGAUCUGCAGGAAAGCGAAGGCGGCAACAUCGACUGGGGCAUCGAAAGUGCUCCCACCGAUGCGGUGGAAAUCAACUUUGACAUUCCCGUCGAAGAAUACGGAAUCGUGGUGGAGGGCACGGGCAUGGACGGAGGCACUGCCAAGGGUGAUCAAGCCUACACGUUGCUGGACUCGCCCAAUUAUCGCGAUCGGUUCCUUGACGAGAUCUACGAACUGGAAUCCUUCCUGCGUUUGCGUCUCUAUGAACUAAAGCAGCUAGAAACUUCAAGCGACAUUAUGUUCUCCUUGAUGGACAAUAUUGCCACUCACGAUGCGGAGAGCAUCCGGAAAAUUCUCAGCGCUGUGGAGAAAAUUAUCCAGCAGACUUCCGACGAGCAGACCCGGCAUCUCUUCCAGCUGAAGCACUCCCCGAAAUAUGCCAAUCUGCUGGCCACCAAGUUGCAGCAGAUGACCAAGGCCGUGGAGAAAUUACGAUCCACGCGAGAGGCGCUGAAGAAGCGAGCCAUCGAGCUGAGGGAGCAGCGCCAGCAGCUGAAUCCCGUUCUGGAGGAGCUGAUUGCCCAGACUCGCACUCUACAGUCCCACAUCGAGAAGGACAUUUCCAAGCGAUACAAGAAUCGGGUGGUUAAUUUGAUGGGAGGUGUUAACUAAUGAUUAUAAUGUUAGGAUUUUGUUUAAUAAACUGUAAUUUGGGCAGGACAAA